AUGACCUCCAAUAUUAAUAUUGAUAUCCAGAGAACCCAUUCUUUCACUUUUGAUGACCCGAGGGUUUUGGACCCCAUUUCUGAAAGCGACAAAAAGAGCUCCUAUCCUUUUCUUUUGGUGGAAUGGGAUCUGAAGUUUACCCAGGACAGAAAGAUAGAGGCUCGUACCUCGGGUCUUAGCGAUCGGGUCUUACCUGGAUUCGGGUUGAGGAGUACAAAUACCUGCCUGCUCUUUGGAUCGGGUAUUCGUGGAUCUUACCUCAAGGGUUGGGCUAGAGCGGAUACAGAGUCUGAGGUCUUCGAUCAGGUUGUUCAAUAUGGAGAUGGAGAUUGGAACGUUAUUGCACAUUUCCUAGGGUCGUUCCUGGGGUCGGAAGAUAGCAAGGGAGUAAGGAUUAGCAAGUCCGGUCGGAUGGGAAAGCCUGGGUUAGGUUCAGGAGUAGACACCCGGAGACAAGGCGUGGAGAUUAGCAGUUGGGUUGGGAAAUCUGGUAAAGCGGACUAA